GUGUAAGGUAAAAAUGGAGCAGCCGUCAAGCCUUCCUCAGAUACCGGUUCCUUCGGUUCCUUCUGCUACAACAAAACGUAACAACUCCCCUCGUGUUGCUAAUGGGUCCACAAGCAUUAAAUACGAAGACUUAAACUUUCAAUUUAUUCCAGAAGAGAGCAAAUACGAAAAACUGACGAAAAUUGGACAAGGUACUUUCGGAGAGGUGUUUAAAGCCAGAGAUAGGAAAACCAAAAAACUUGUGGCCAUGAAAAAAGUGUUGAUGGAAAAUGAGAAAGAAGGGUUUCCUAUUACUGCUUUGAGAGAAAUCAAAAUACUUCAGCUACUCAGACACGAGAAUGUCCUGAAUUUGGUAGAAAUUUGCAGAACAAGAGCCACACCAUAUAACAGAGGGAUGAGUACAUUCUACAUGGUGUCUGAUUUUGCUGAGCACGACCUAGCAGGUCUCCUCAGCAACACACAUGUCCGAUUCAGUCUAGGUGAAAUAAAGAAGAUCAUGCAACAGUUACUGAAUGGUCUGUACUUCAUUCAUGAAAACAAGAUUUUACACAGAGACUUGAAAGCUGCAAAUAUACUCAUUACUAAACAUGGUGUGCUAAAGCUGGCAGAUUUUGGCCUUGCUCGUGCAUGGAGCAAACCCCAACGUAGUGCUCAGAAUAAGUACACCAAUAGGGUGGUGACCUUGUGGUACCGUCCUCCAGAGUUGUUGCUAGGGGAGAGAAAUUAUGGGCCGAUCAUAGACCUGUGGGGUGCAGGAUGCAUUAUGGCGGAGCUGUGGACACGCACACCAAUCAUGCAGGGAAAGACUGAACAGAAUCAGAUGUUCUUGAUUUGCCAGCUGUGUGGUUCUAUUACCACUGAUGUGUGGCCCAAUGUGGACAAGUAUGACCUGUUUACUCAGAUGGAACUGCCCACUGGUCAAAAACGCAAAGUUAAGGACAGACUGAAAGCUUACGUUAAAGACCAAUAUGCUCUUGACCUCAUUGACAAACUGCUGGUACUUGACCCUUCAAAGAGGUAUGAUGCAGACACUGCACUGAAUCAUGAUUUCUUCUGGACAGAACCAGAACCAAUAGACCUGGCCGAAACCUUGUCUAAACAUACAACCUCCAUGUUUGAAUACCUGGCUCCACCUCGGAGAGGGGUUCAACAAGGACAUCGCCCCAAUCCCAACCAGGCAAACAUGCAUCGUCCUGUACAUAACAAUGACCAGCACUUUGACCAAGUCUACUGAUGUGAUGGGCAUGGAUUGUCUACAUGUACUAGUUUGAAGCAACAAUAGUAAGGUGUAAUUGCAGUCUCUGGACUGAAAACAACCCACGCUACGAUACCCAAGGUCCCCAGAAUCCUCCAUGAAGUGCGGGGUCAGCCUUGGGAUCUGGAUCUGGGAAGAUACAUGGUACGGCAGUACUGUUGAUUUGGUCCAACAUACCCAACAGCUUCCUCGUUAUGUCGGGGUAUACAUCACAUAGAUCAUCCAUUUCAUUGGGGUCUUUGCUUAGGUCAAAUAACCACAGAUUUUUCGACGGCUCGCCACCGCUGCCACGUUUUGUUUCCAGACCAGCACAUUCCCCGGCCACCCAGCUACCAUUACCU